GUGAUAAAAGCCGUCGGUCUGCCCCUUUAUUGGAAACGCCCCAUCUACGACGCCAUCACCAACAAGAAGAACGUCGAUGUCACCCAAACCGAGUUCUGCAUCUGGUGGCGCAACAUGACCUCCGUGGCCAACGACGAGGCCGCCCGGUUCAUCUACGCCCUCUCCGGCGGCAAGAAGGACUACCUGGAACGCGAAGACUUCCAGAGCCUCUGCUACGACGUCAUCUACACGCAUCCGGGGCUCGCGUUCUACCACUCUGCCACCGAGUUCCACCCCUCGUAUGUUGAUGUGGUGACCACCCGCAUCUUCUGGAGCGCAAAUCGAUCGUGGACAGGGCGGAUAACGGCUCAGGAGCUUCGAAAGAAUGAUCUCCUAGCUCAGCUCCGAUUCUUGGAAAAGGAGGACGACAUCAACAAGGAGACCAAGUACUUCUCAUAUGAGCACUUCUACGUCAUCUACUGCAAAUUCUGGGAGCUUGACGACGACCAUGAUAUGCUCAUCUCCAAGCGUGAUAUGUUGGCCCACGAUGAAGGAGCCCUCACCCCACUCGUCGUCAACCGGAUGUUCUCAAAAGCUGUAGUACGAGGGUCCCGCAACGAGCACCUCGUGGAAUUUAUUGGACUGCCCGAAUUCGCCGCUUUCUUGAUGGCGGAUGAGGACAAGAAGAACCCCACGAGUGUCGAGUACUGGUUCCGCAUCUGUGACCUUGAUGGCGACGGCUUGGUGACGCUGUACGAGAUGGAGGAGAUGUACGGUCAAGUCCGCGACAAGCUCACCCUCAACAAGAUUGACACCAUGCAGUUUGGGGAUGUCGCGUGCAAUUUGCUCGACAUGAUCCGCCCGAAGAACCCGAACGGCUUCACCCUGUCCGACCUCAAGAAGUGCCCCCUGACCUAUCGCUUCAUCAACAGUUUCACGAAUUGGCGCAAGUUCUUCAGCCAGGAGAUCAAUGAGGGCGAGAAACCUGUCGUCCGAAACGAUGAGGGCCGCGAGUUGACCGAGUGGGAGCGGUACUGCGCCGAGGAGUAUGAGAGCCUUAUGGAAGCGGAGGGGGAUGAUCAGAUUGAUGAGACACACAGCGUCAACCUCGACGAAGAAGACGCGCGGAACAGCUUCAAAGAUCUUUUA